AUGCUCCCAGUUCAAGCAUCCGAGGCAAAUUCCGACCUACUUGAAGAUCAACAAAAUAAAUUGAACCAAAGUCCCCUUGACAAAACCCCCACAUCAGUCGGCCGUGGAUUAGGGCUCGAUGGUAAUUCCAUGACGUUAGAACUGAUGCAGCAUUUUCAAGAAAGCAUUGCCAGAAAGCUUGCUUGGGUGGAUGGCCCAACGAACUCAUGGCGACAAGUUAUCAUUCCUCUUGCUUGGGUCUCACCAACAGUCCUUUGUGCUGUGCUGUCUCUCUCAUCCAAGGACCUUGCAUGCAAAUAUGCGCAAGAUCAUCCUCGACAUAAUGACCUACAAAGAAUCUCACUUCAAUUUCGAAAUAACGUCUUAGCCCUGCUGGCAAGGCAGAUCAGUUCGUUGAGAGAGCGAGAGAUGCCACAAAUUGGAACCUUCGAUCCGAAUGAGAUCCGAUAUACUCUUGCCUCGAUGCUUAUACUGUACAACGUCGAACUUCUCGGCGCAGAGUCUAUCAAGUGGCGAAUGCACCUGAAGGCAGCUCGGAUUAUUGUCCAAUGGAGAGAACAAGUUUCUUCUCCUGCAUCACUUAAUGAAAUUGACACAUUCCUCCUCUACGAACACUACUAUGCUAGUGUCUUUGCGGGUCUUACGACAUUUGAUCCAGCGGAUGGGUUCACAGCGGAACAAUUUGAAACCCUCAACGAUAUCACCAUCUUCAGUGACUUUGUGCGCGUAAUUCAUCGAGUGACACAAAUUGAGCGAUUUUCAUAUGAUCAAGGGUUUACUGUGGACCCAAGCCAGAUUGCGAACAUUUUUUGCGAAGUUGAUGCAGCCAGGCAGAGAAUGGCACAAUUAGGCCAAAGACUACAUCUACAGGGGUGCCAUGCCCAAGACUUUCAGCAUCUGGUUUGCAUAUUUUAUCAUGCCAGCCUGAUAUACAGCUAUCAGGUACUCAAACAUGACUCUUCGGCUAAUCCCAACAUUCAUGCUUCCCGAGACUCAAUUUUCGGCCAUUUGAACUCCCUCUCAAACAGGGAAACUUUUCCACAUGAUCUUGUCUGGCCGCUCUUUAUUUUGGGCACCGAAUGCAGAGGACUUCCGGAAAUGCAAGAGAUGGUUUCGCGGGAAAUGGAGGCUGUUAUGAAGAUUAGCGGUGCGCUCGAUCGACAGAAGGUUUUGUUCUUCCUUCAGCAGUAUUGGUCACUCGAUCUGGAUCACAGAGUCACAUGGAUCCAUUUCUUGAGAGAUAUGAUGCCUGGUAAACGGAUGUUAAUUUUGUGA